AUGUUUGAUAAUUUACAAUCUAGAAAAAUUAUAAUAAAUGGAAAAAAAUACUACAAACAUCCAGUUUUUGAUAAUUAUGCAGCUUCUAAAAAAGGUAAUAUAAUAAAUAUAGAAAGAAAAAAAAAUUUAAGUAAAAAGAAAAAUAAUGGUAAUGGUUAUUUAAUUUUUUGUUUGUGUAAUGAAAAAUUAGAAGAAAAAAAGAAUUAUUAUCAACAUCGUUUUGUUUAUGAGGUAUUUAAGGGUAUGAUACCAAGCAUAAUGGAGAUUGACCACCGAAAUGGGAUAAGAAAUGAUAAUCGGAUUAAAAAUUUACAAUUAUUAACACCAUUUCAAAAUAAAAAUAAAUCAAAUAAUAAACCAUUAAUUUCUACCUGUAUUGAAACUGGAGAGAAAACAAGAUUUAUUUCUAUUAAAAAAGCUGCAAUUGAAUUAGAUAUUUUUAGUUCACUUAUUUCCAAAAUUUGUAAG